AUGUCCUCUCGCACGACCUCCUCAAAGGUUUCUUUCGCGGCCGUCACCCCGAACAACCUUGGGACCGUGCGAAAGCUCAACUCUGUCCUCUUCCCCAUCAAGUACAGCGAAAAGUUCUACAGUGACAUCGUCCAGCCCGAUGUAGAGGACUUCUGUCAGCUCAUCUACUACAAUGAUAUUCCGAUAGGGACUAUGUGCUGCAGGGUUGAGGAGAAGGAUGGGCAGGCGAAGUUAUACCUUAUGACAUUGGCAGUGCUUGCGCCAUAUCGCUCGAGAGGCAUUGGCUCGCAGAGUCUGCAACAUCUCAUCGACGCUGCGGCCGCUCAUACCAAGCCCAAAAUCACCGCCAUCUACCUCCAUGUCCAGGUCUCGAACGAAGACGCGAAGCGGUUCUAUGAACGGCAUGGAUUCAAAGAAGUGGGCUUGUAUGAAAACUACUAUAAGAAGAUUUCGCCGCAUGACGCGUGGAUACUGCAAAGAGAUAUCGAGCCGAAGACCGUGGAGGGCAAGUGA